UAGGAGCAAAAGGCUCACUAAACAACCCUUCCAUCAUAGAGUUCUUCACGAGAAAAAAGCUCUAGUUUUUUUUUUUUUCUCUCUCUAUCGACAUAAUUAUGUGUGUCUGCAUGUAUUGUGAAGAAGAAGAGGUGAAGAAAUAAGAACGAAUAAAGCUAGAAAGAAAAAGGGGAUCUUUUUUUGAAUCUGGGUAUCCCCAAAUGCCUUUUCUUUAUCUUCCUUUUUGAGCAUUUAAGCUAUGGCUGACGAUUUCUGUGACUUCACCAAGGAUACUUUCAUCUUAAAGGCACCAAAGAAAUCUCCACUGCUGCUGAGAAUGGUGGUUUUACUUUUUGCAAUGAUAUGUGGAAUAUAUAUAUGUUCAAUAUGUCUGAAACAAAUUGGUUCGCGUUCCAGUGGACCGCUUGCGACUGUUCAUGUCGUUGAAAGGCCAUGUGAGAUGACUAAUGUUGACCCUUCGGAAAAACCUUACAUACACUUCCCCAAGCCCAAAACUUUUAGCCGGGCUGAGUGUGCUUGCAAUCCUGUAAGGUUUUUUGCAAUUUUCUCCACUCAGAGGUCUGGCAGUGGAUGGUUUGAAACAUUGUUGAACAGCCAUAUGAAUAUAAGCUCUAACGGGGAGAUUUUUUCUGUUAAAGUUCGUAAAAGUAAUGCAUCAACAAUUUUGGAAACAUUGGACAAACUCUAUGACCUAGACUUUUUGACCAGCGCUUCCAAAAAUGAAUGUACAACUGCAGUUGGUCUGAAGUGGAUGCUUAAUCAGGGUCUAUUGCAGCAUCAUGAGGAAAUUGUUGAGUAUUUCAAACGGAGAGGAGUUUCUGCAAUUUUUCUCUUCAGAAGAAAUCUUUUGCGCAGAAUGGUUUCAAUGCUAGCAAAUUCCUAUGAUCAGAAUGCUAAGAUGUUUAAUGGAACCCACAAGUCUCAUGUGCAUUCUCCCAAGGAGGCUGAGAUUCUUGCAAGUUACAAGCCUACGGUAAACACAACGACGCUGAUUGCAAACCUAAAGCAAAUACAAGGCAUGACUGCUAACGCUUUGGAUUACUUCAAAAGCACUCGGCAUAUGAUCUUGUUCUAUGAGGACAUAAUAAAAAAUCCGACUAUGCUGAAUGAUGUGCAAGAUUUCCUGAAAGUUCCAAUAAUGGAUCUCCAUAGUCGUCAAGUGAAGAUACACAAGGCGCCACUGUCUUUGCAAGUUGAAAAUUGGAGUGAUGUUGAAAAGGCACUCAAGGGAACACCUUAUGAAAGCUUCCUACACGCAGAUUACAAAAUAUAAAUGUGCAGUCCUUGUGUAUAUGUAGCUUCUGUUGUUUACCUCUAUUCUUUUAUUAUUUAUGUGUAAGCAGAAGCUAGCGGGAUUUGGCUAAGGCAGGUUGUUACCGAGUUCCUCUCGUUGCAGGUAAUCAAUUUUGGCUCUUCCUGUUAAAUAGGCUUUGGUAGCUGACUGAGAAUGAAACUAGCAAUUUUGACAUUGAACCAUUUA